AAUGCCGGUUAUCUGCAUUCCUCUCCUCAUGAGUUGUCACGCUGACAGAGGAGAGGAGAGCCGCCCCAUCAAUGCCACCUGCCAGUGCCCAUCAGUGCCAACUAUCGGUGCUGCUUAUCAGUACCACCUAUCAGUGCCAUAUAGGAGUGCUGCCUUUCAGUGCCCAUCAGUGAUGCCUGUCAAUGCCCUUCAGUCCCACCUACCAGUGCCUCCUCAUCAGUGCCACCUAUCAGUGUCCAUCAGUGCA